GUAAACAAAGCGGAAGUACUGAAAAAUAACCUCGUUCAGUUUUUUUUUUUAGCUGUGAGGAGGCAAAUUGAAGGAUCUCUUCUGUACCAAACUCGCUCGUUGUCGUCAAAGCGAAGCCGAAACAUGGACAGAUAGUGUUUGUUGAACUGGAUUGACGGUUGUGGUCCCUGUAGAAAGAUAAUUCAUCACAUCUGCGCCCAACUUGGACUGCCACUCAGGACCACUGCAGGCGCUGACAGACCACCACGACAAUUUUGCCUCCUGUGAAACUCCAGAGUCCCUCCACUUUUCCAGUGGCCAACAACAUGGCUAACAGCACGACAACAGUAGUAAAGGGUCUUCCUCCUGGCCCUGCGGGCAGAAGUAGUCCAGAGGGCUCUCAGGUGCUCAGUAAGAAAAAGCUGCAGGACCUGGUGAGAGAGAUUGACCCAAAUGAGCAGCUGGAUGAGGAUGUUGAGGAGAUGCUGCUACAGAUUGCAGAUGACUUUAUAGAAAGUGUAGUGACAGCAGCCUGUCAACUUGCACGCCACCGCAAGUCCAAUACCUUGGAGGUGAAGGAUGUUCAGUUACAUCUAGAGCGCCAGUGGAACAUGUGGAUUCCUGGUUAUGGCUCAGACGAGAUCCGGCCGUUCAAGAAGGCUUGCACCACAGAGGCUCACAAACAGAGAAUGGCACUGAUCCGCAAGACAACCAAAAAGUAGCAAGAUUAACUAAUACCCACUCUGUGUAUUUUCUUUUUAUUUUGUUUGUUUUUUUUUUUCUUUUUCAAUUGGGUUUUUUUGUUUUGUUUUUUCUCAACUAAU